GCAGCCAAACAUGCGGCCAAACAAGAGUCCGCAAACACUCCAGCCGCCGCUAAAGCUCAGGGGGCUACCAACGGACCACCCGCAUCACGCACAGCACAACCACCACCCAAAGCUACACGAGCAAACACCUCAGUCCGUACUGUCAUGCCCCUGCCCUACGCGCUUGUCAUACUAGCGGCGCAAACUCGACCCAUUUCUGCUGGCGAGAAUGAGACACCAGCGAAGAAGACGAUGACCAGAAGUGUACAGGACGUCCAGGCACAGGCCAUAUUACAGGACUG